GGCAGGACCGGGUCAACUGGAUCGGUGGAUUGCCCCUGGGUGAAUCUACAGGGCACAGGGGAGACGCCUUCCUCCCUGGGAAUUUUUGCUGAUCCCCAAGACUGUGAACAAACAGAAGGGUGUCAGCCAAGGGCCAAAGGAGCAUUGAUAUUCCAGCCACAGGACACAAACACUCGCUGGGAAACCUCUCAUUUUCUUGGGAACACCCUUCUGGCUCCGAAGCAACAGAAGCACUCCUUGAAGAGGAGACAGAGCAGAGGAAACAGUCCAAAAUUGGGGACGAAGCGCUGUUCAAGGGAAGAAGCACUGUCCAAGGGGAGAAGCGCUGUCCGAGGGGAGAAGCACUGUCCGAGGGGAGAAGCGCUGUCUGAGGAAAGAGAAGAAGCACUGUCCGAGGGAAGAAGCCAGCUGGUACUUCCAGGCCCACCCAGUAACAGCCUCCACGGCCGCCGCCGUCAAGAGCCGUCAGGAGCCGUCAGAAGCCGUCAGAAGCCCCAGCCCGGAGCGAUAGCCGCGGGCGCUCCGCAGCACCAGGUAAACAGCCAUGGCAGGCUGGAUUCAGGCCCAGCAGCUGCAGGGAGAUGCCCUGCGCCAGAUGCAAGUGUUGUAUGGGCAGCAUUUCCCCAUCGAGGUCCGGCACUACCUGGCCCAGUGGAUCGAGAGCCAGCCGUGGGAUGCUAUUGACUUGGACAAUCCCCAGGACCGAGGCCAGGCCACCCAGCUCCUGGAGGGCCUGGUGCAGGAGCUGCAGAAGAAGGCGGAACACCAGGUGGGGGAAGAUGGGUUUUUGCUGAAGAUCAAGCUGGGGCACUAUGCCACACAGCUCCAGAGCACGUACGACCGCUGUCCCAUGGAGCUGGUUCGCUGUAUCCGGCACAUUCUGUACAACGAACAGAGGCUGGUUCGCGAAGCCAACAACUGCAGCUCCCCUGCUGGUGUCCUGGUUGACGCCAUGUCCCAGAAGCACCUUCAGAUCAACCAAAGGUUUGAGGAGCUGCGCCUGAUCACACAGGACACGGAGAACGAGCUGAAGAAGCUGCAGCAGACCCAAGAGUACUUCAUCAUCCAGUACCAGGAGAGCCUGCGGAUCCAAGCUCAGUUUGCCCAGCUGGGCCAGCUGAACCAUGUGGCAACUGUCUGGUCACUUGUGUUCCUCCCCCGCAGCACAUUCAUCAUCGAGAAGCAGCCUCCUCAGGUCCUGAAGACCCAGACCAAGUUUGCGGCCACCGUGCGCCUGCUGGUGGGUGGGAAGCUGAAUGUGCACAUGAACCCCCCGCAGGUGAAGGCGACCAUCAUCAGCGAGCAGCAGGCCAAGUCCCUGCUCAAGAAUGAGAACACCCGCAAUGAGUGCAGUGGCGAGAUCCUGAACAACUGUUGCGUCAUGGAGUACCACCAGGCCACAGGCACGCUCAGCGCCCACUUCAGAAACAUGUCCCUGAAACGAAUCAAACGCGCUGACCGCCGUGGCGCAGAGUCGGUGACGGAGGAGAAGUUCACAGUCCUGUUCGAGUCUCAGUUCAGCGUCGGCAGCAAUGAGCUGGUGUUCCAGGUGAAGACCCUGUCCCUCCCUGUGGUCGUCAUUGUCCAUGGCAGCCAGGACCACAAUGCUACUGCCACCGUGCUGUGGGACAAUGCCUUUGCUGAGCCGUGGGGCUCACAGGAGAACUUGCCCGGCUGGAACUACACCUUCUGGCAGUGGUUCGAUGGGGUGAUGGAGGUGCUGAAGAAGCAUCAUAAGCCCCACUGGAAUGAUGGGGCCAUCCUAGGUUUUGUGAACAAGCAACAGGCCCAUGACCUUCUCAUCAACAAGCCGGAUGGGACCUUCCUGCUGCGCUUCAGCGACUCGGAGAUCGGGGGCAUCACCAUUGCUUGGAAGUUCGACUCUCCGGACCGAAACCUCUGGAAUCUGAAGCCAUUCACCACGCGGGAUUUCUCCAUUCGGUCUCUGGCCGACCGGCUGGGGGACCUGAGCUACCUUAUCUAUGUGUUCCCAGACCGACCCAAGGACGAGGUCUUUGCCAAGUACUACACCCCUGUACUUGCGAAAGCAGUUGACGGAUACGUGAAGCCACAGAUCAAGCAAGUUGUCCCUGAGUUCGUCAAUGCAUCCACAGAUGCUGGAGCCAGCGCCACCUACAUGGACCAGGCUCCUUCCCCAGUCGUGUGCCCUCAGGCUCACUACAACAUGUAUCCACCCAACCCCGACCCUGUCCUUGACCAAGAUGGCGAGUUUGACCUGGAUGAGAGCAUGGAUGUCGCCAGGCACGUAGAAGAACUUUUACGUCGGCCCAUGGACAGUCUCGACGCCCGCCUCUCCCCACCUGCUGGCCUCUUCACCGCCGCCAGAAGCUCCCUGUCCUGAACACUGGACUCCAUGCUUCUCUCGGAAAACCACCUUCAGUGUGAGGAGCCCGCGUCAGUUGUAGUUAUCUCUGUUCACACCGAUGGCUUUGCACAUUUCACAGGGCCACCUUGCCCACACAUUUCUGGGUCUGAGGCUAAAGCGGUGGUGACCUUUCUUGUUCAGACCUCAAGGGCCCCCCUGGGCCUCUCAUGUAAGAGCUGAACCUAUCAUUGCUGACAAACCCAUUUCUCCAGUGUCCUUUAUCUGUCCGAUGGCCAUUUUGGUGAAAUUCCAGAAAAGGCAGGGAGGCAGGUUUAGACAACCAAGUUGGAGUUUUCCUCCUGAGCUAGAAGCUUCGCCCAGACCAGUGUGCUCCUGUCCUCACACACGUGGGAGAUUGGGGUUCAUCUUUGUAACCCUUUAUAACGUAGUGUAUAUGGGCUGCGGACUUUGUGAUUGCUCAGUGUGCUUAAGCUGUUCCCUUCAACACGGCAGAGGGCCUGCCAAGCCGUCUGUUCGUGCCAGGGUGGAUAGACGUGGGAUUCGAGUCUAACGGCCUUGUUCACUUUUCCACCAUCCCUUUUCCCCAUUCGAUAUCCUCACCCUUCCAGAUGGAUUCAACCCUCUUGCUUUUUUGUUUUGUUCUGUUUUGGCUUUUUUUUUUUUUUUUGGA